UCGUGUGAUAUUCUCUGAUAUUUAAUAUAUCGGAUGCACCGAUAAGAUUCGUUAACUAGACCUUGACACCAACUCCUCUGAUAGCCCACAGCUAGUGAGUAUGAGUGUAUUAAAAAUUUAAUAAUUUUGACAAUCGCUAAAAAUCAUGACAACAAAUAGCUCGAGCAUUGAAAAUGCAUUUUAAGGUGGAGGUAUCUGGCCUAGAAUUAAGGGGGAGGGGGUCUGACAGUGGUGGGAGAUUUUUAUUUUCACAUGACAGAACGGAAGAGAGACGAGUGGCAGUCGAGCAAGUGUUGGUUCCGCAGGUUUAGCGCCGUCUUUUUAACAGUGCCAACCGUCUAUUUUAUACAAAUCGUAAAAGCCAACACACCAGCUAUACAAAAUCAAGAAAAAAAAAAGAAAAAAAAUCUUAUAUUUAUUAAAAUAAAAUACAAAGGGAACAACGGCAAUUAUUUUUUCACUUGAAUGUUCAAACGAAUGAGAAAUUCAGCGAUCCCGGAGUCAAAGCAAAGAAUGUGGAUUUAAUGAUUCUUGGAGUUUUUUUUUUUUUUCACCGAUAAGCAUAAAUAUAUAGAUUUUUUGAGUGGUUUUUGCUUCUCUCAUGGUAUCGAGCAUUUGUUCGCGCCUGUUGAGUUUUACCAAGCAAUUGCUGAUUUUCCUUCAUCGCCUGGAAAUUUUGCAUUAGAGUCUAUAGAAAAGUGUCAUUGGCUGGACUAGUGCUGCUUGCGUUAUGACAAAUCUCAAUGGGUUAAAUAUUGAUAAAAAGUCGGAUCCGGUGUGGCAGAAAGUCAAUUCGGGUCAUGACACUGAAGAAUUGGAAAUAAAGGGUUACGAACGAAGCUACAUAUGCACAUUUCUGACGUAUAUAUUUUACGUGCUGACACUGGGAAUUCUCCGAUUAUUCUUUCAUUGGUAUCCUCAUUUGCAGCUUUACGCAACUUAUCGAAAAUGUCCCCUCAUUCGGGCAACAAGAUUACUCAUAAUAGACGAUUAUCAGGGAAAGUACAAAACAUAUUCUGUCAAGGAUAUCAAAGUCAUUGGAACAAAGAAUUUAAGAUCUCCUGAGAUGUUAAAGAGACUGGGAAACCCAGAAAUCGAACUACUCAGUAGAAUAGAGGGGCAAAAGUUGAGCAUAAGCCUGGAAAAUGGUACGAAACGUGAUGUUUCAGAUUACCGGGCAUUUUGCUUCAAAAAACAAUGUUAUAUAUGGGAUGAGAUUCGGAAUGAAUUUGCAAGGCUUGUUGCAUUAGACAAAUACGUCCCCUGCAGUGAAUUACAUCUUGGAUUUAACAAAGGUCUCUCCAAGGAAGACCAACUUCUAAGGCGCAUAGUAUACGGAAAAAAUGAGAUAAUAGUGCCACUGCAGAGUAUAAUGGUUUUGCUGUUGCUUGAAGUAUUCAAUCCAUUUUACAUGUUUCAAGUGUUCACUUUGGCCGUGUGGUUUGCCGAUGGUUACUAUUAUUACACAGCAGCGAUUAUACUCAUGUCUUUGUUUGGUAUCAGCAGUUCUAUUCUUCAGACACGGCGUAAUCAGAAGAAUCUUCAUGGAACAGUGGCUUCAACCGAGAUGGUACGUGUACGGAGAAGCUGCGGUACCUUCGACACUGUUUCCAGUGCUGAGCUAGUACCUGGUGAUAUUAUUGAAUUACCAAGGCACCAAGGAACCGUCGUUUGCGAUGCAGUAUUACUCACUGGACAUUGUAUUCUCAAUGAAUCAAUGCUUACAGGCGAAUCUGUACCAGUCACUAAGACUCCCCUUACCCCCAAAAAAGUUCUGUACGAUUCAAAAGAAUGUUCACAACAUACACUCUACAGUGGAACUAUAAUAAUCCAAACGAGAUUUUAUGGAGACGGUCCAGUUCUCGCUCGCGUCAUUCGCACUGGUCUCCAGACAAAUAGAGGAGCUUUGGUUGCUGCAAUUUUGUAUCCACCACCAGCCGAUUUCAAGUUCGAUCAGGAUUCCUAUAAAUUCAUAGGGAUCCUGGCAGUGAUUUCUUUCUUGGGAUUUCUUUACACCGUUAUAUCCAAGGCUUCUAGAGGAGUCACCGCCUCUUACAUCGCCAUCAAGGCACUGGACAUCAUCACUAUUGUCAUUCCACCAGCUCUCCCCGCUGCGAUGACAGUGGGAAAACUUUACGCCCAAGCAAGAUUGAAAAAAGAGCAAAUUUACUGCAUUAAUAGUCGAGUUAUCAAUGUUUCUGGGAGUAUCAAUUGCAUUUGCUUUGAUAAGACAGGAACACUCACAGAGGAUGGUCUAGAUAUGUGGGGGGUUGUGCCUAACUCAAAUGCUACACUCCAAGAAGCCGAAAAGAGCAUACCAAAGCUACAAAAUCAUGCAAUAUUCGAGGGGAUGCUAGUCUGCCACAGUCUCACUCUCAUAAACCAUCAACUCUGUGGUGAUCCCCUUGAUGUAAAAAUGUUUGAGAGCACCGGUUGGAGCCUGGAGGAGCCAGAUGCUCAUGACACGAGUAAGUACGAUCUAGUAGCCCCAACAGUGGUAAAAGCCCCCGAUGGCAUGUUUACCGAAAUAGGAAUAAUCCAGCAGUAUCAAUUCUCAAGUUCCCUCCAAAGAAUGUCCACGGUAGUUAAAGUCUUAGGAAGCGAUAAUUUUAGGGUUUAUACCAAAGGAUCCCCUGAAAUGAUUCUCAGCCUCAGCAAACCCCAAACAAUUCCCUCGAAUAUUGCCUCGGAAUUGCAAAAAUAUACAGAACAGGGCUACAGGGUUAUCGCUAUCGGGAGGAGUUUCAUAACUUCCAACUAUACGACCAUCCAAAAGAUGCACAGAGAUGAAUUAGAGAGAGAAUUGGAAUUUUUGGGUCUGGUUAUUCUGGAGAACAGAUUGAAAGAGCCGACAAUUCGAGUUAUCGAGGAACUCAGAGAAGCUAACAUUCAAAUUCUCAUGAUAACCGGUGAUAAUAUCCAAACGGCAGUGAGUGUUGCUAAAGAGUGCAAAAUCCUUGAGAGGGACGAAACGGUGAUUAAUGUGACUGUCAUACCUUCGGAACACAAAGCCAAUGCCACAAUUUAUUUCAAUGUUCAAGGAAUACCAGCUAUAGUUAACCCACAGAAAGAAAAGCUCAUUGUUAAUUAUGAAUCGAUUGAAAAGGGAUUAACGGCACCGAAUUAUCGUUUUGCAUUAACUGGACAGACGUGGGAGCUACUGAGGGAGCAUUAUCCCGAGUUAGUGGCCAAGAUCUGUGUAAGAGGGGCGGUCUUUGCGAGGAUGACCAGUGAUCAGAAACAACAACUUGUUACAGAGCUCAUGCAGCUCGGCUAUUAUGUGGCAAUGUGUGGAGAUGGAGCCAAUGAUUGUGGAGCUCUGCGAGCAGCACAUGCAGGAAUAUCACUCUCUGAAGCUGAAUCAAGCGUUGCAUCACCUUUUACCUCUCGCACCCCAGAUAUUACUUGCGUGCCAAAAGUCAUUCGCCAGGGUAGAGCAGCCUUGGUAACCUCCUUCGGAAUUUUCAAAUUCAUGGUGACAUGUGCUUUAACCGAAUUCCUUUCUACAAUAAUCCUCUACUCGAUCGACUCCAAUCUCACAGACAUCGAGUUUCUAUUCAUCGAUAUCUGCCUCAUAGUCAACUUUGCCUUUUUCUUUGGAAAAACUCAAGCCUAUUCUGGCAAACUCGCCUCUCACCCGCCCAUGACCUCUAUCCUCUCCUUUAUUCCUCUCACCUCUCUAAUCCUCCACAUGUCAAUAAUGUCAGCAUUCCAAGUUGCAGCCUUUUUUGGAGUUCACCAAUUUCCAUGGUUCACACCAUUUGUCAGCCACGAGCUCCUGCACUACACGAGCUAUGAAAACUACUCAGUAUUUUCUAUAUCAAUGUUCCAAUAUAUCACGACAGCAAUAAUUUUCUCCAGGGGAAAACCUUACAGAAAAGCCAUUUACACCAAUAAUUCCUUCAUAUUAUCUAUUAUCAUUUUAACUGCUGUUUGCAUGUACAUCACUCUUCGUCCUGCCCAGUGGAUAGUCAAUAUUCUCCAGCUCAAACUCCCUCCCAAUCUCCAGUGGCCUCUCAUUAUUGUGGCAAUGGCCAUUGCUAAUUUCCUACUCUGUUUAUUUGUCGAAAUGAUAAUUAUUGAUUUUGCCAUUGAGAAGAAGGUUAAGGUCAAGUUCUACAGACCGGAGAAGAGCAAAAAACAGUAUCUCAAGGUUCUUGAGGAAUUGAAAGUGGCUGAGUGGCCCAACUUGAGUCGGGACGCUCCGGUCUUACCACUUACCCCUAGUGUAGAUAAUAUUCUCGACAGGGGAGUUGAUAAUCUCGCCUUUGUUGACGAUGAGAGUAAUGUUACCAAGUUUUAAGAUUUUUUACAACAGUAUUUUUAAGGCCCUACUAACGUGCGAUACAUUCGAUUAUUCAGGAUAUCCCAGUUGUUGAUUUUCUUAUUUCAUUCAGAUAGUAAUAUAAUAGUACGUGGAUAUCCUUAACCAUAUAAUUUUUUCAACAUAAUUCAUAUAAACAUACGAUGGAGAAAUUAGUAUUCGAGAGUGAGAAUAUUAUGUGAUAGUCAAUACUCUUCAUUUCUCUAUUCCAAACAAUGUGAUAUAGACUAACGAGAAUGAAAAUAAAUAAGUUGAAAUAAUUAAAUGACACCAAAAAUACCUAAUAAUAUUCAAUAAAAAUUCAC